CUAGCUCUCAUUCUCUACUCAAUCAUCUUCUAGCUUCUAUACGAACAACAUCACUAUUAUCUUGGAAUACAAAUCAACCUUUCACUCCAUUAGAUCAUUUUCUUUGCAUCGAUCUAUCUACAAUCUAUUCAUAUGAUCUUUCUCGGUUUACCCUAUCACUCCCUCGUAAUUCUCGAUGAUUAGGGUUAUACUUUUGUUUAUCUAGUUCUUUCGUAUCGUUCUUUCCUUCAGUAGUUGCAUUUUUAUUUAUCUCUUUCUUUUUGUGCCGAUCUAUCGAUCCAUUCGUCUCAUGAGUGAAAGUGCACUACCCAUGCUACAGCGAUAGCAACAGGGAGCUCUCAUUUCGCAGAUACCUCCCGUACCAUGAUUAUCUAAACCGGUAUCUUAGCCCCCAGGUUUCACAACCGUGAACCGCCCCCGUACUGGGAAUUUCAAUACCCACCGGAACGAAGCUAUACACCCAGAUUUUCUACUGCGGUGGAGAAGAGCUUCACCAAACAUAACAACAGGCGGCACCAUUGAUUUUCAUUCUUAUUCCAACGGGACCAUGAAAAUCAAGCCUACUUGAUUUCCUGGCCAUCUUCUCUAAUUUUUUGGGACUAAUGAAUUUAAUGUAGGAGAAACCAUUGAUUUUGGAACAGGAGUCCUCUUCAGACAAUGAGGAACUUACAUCUAUCUCCAAACUUAUAUUUAAUUUUGAGGUUCAGAGAGCCUAUACCGAGAAACAACCGUUUCAAUCUUCAGAAAUACAUCCCAAGUUAUCAUGACACAAGCUUACUCAGAUGCCUCAGACAGUUUUCAUCCAUCAGAUGACUCAUACUAUUCAGAUGACUUUCUAGGGCAUGUAACCGAAAGUGAUCGUCGGCCACCAAUUUCCAACCGAGAUGACAUUCGGGACUCCAACUUCAAUAGAGAGAUUUGCUUCAAAUCACAGUUUAUCACGCAGGACACUUGCUUGCCAACGGAAAAUCUCAAUACGCAACUUAAAAUCUACCGCAAAUCCCAGAAGAAAAAACGGAGACAUAACAUGCGAACUAGAUCACAAACUAAGGAUUUUCCUUGGGCCUAGAUUAGAUUUCAUUUUCCUUCAUUUUCCUUUUCUCUCCGGUAUUUCUUUCUCCUACUUGUCUUCCUUUUUCGCAUUGUACUCCUUUUU